AUGGCCGCAGAAACAGAUCAUUGUAUUACAUCUUGCUCCCACCCCCAGGAGGCCCCGCGUCCAGGGGCAGGCUGGCGAGAACGGGGCCCCGCCCCCAGGCGGAGACGGCUCCGAGGAGUCGACGCCCCUGUCCCGCGGCCAGGCCAGUACCCAGAGGCCGCCGCCGCCUCGCCGAGUUCCUGUGGCUGCGGCGGAGCGGAGUAUGGGGCGCUGAUAGCCAUGGACGGCUACAGAGGCUUCUUGGGGCUGCUGGUGUCGGCGCUGCUCGUCGGCUUCCUGUCCGUGCUCUUCACCCUCAUCUGGGUCCUCCACUACCGGGAAGGGCUCGGCUGGGACGGGACCGCGCUCGAGUUUAACUGGCACCCGGCGCUCGCGGUUACUGGCUUCGUCUUCAUCCAGGGCAUCGCCAUCAUCGUGUACAGACUGCCAUGGACCUGGAAAUGCAGCAAGCUCCUGAUGAAAUCCAUCCAUGCAGGGUUAAACACUGUUGCCGCUAUUCUUGCAGUUAUUUCUCUGGUGGCCGUUUUUGAUUUCCACAAUGCCAAGACUAUCCCCAAUAUGUACAGUCUUCACAGCUGGAUUGGACUGACAGCUGUCAUACUCUACAUCUUACAGCUUGUCCUAGGUUUUUUCAUUUUUCUGCUUCCUUUGGCUCCACUUUCUCUCCGAGCGAUUGUCAUGCCUAUACAUGUGUAUUCUGGUCUUCUCAUCUUUGGAACAGUGAUUGCAACAGCACUUAUGGGAGUGACUGAGAAAUUGAUUUUUGCCCUGAAAACUCCCGCAUAUAGCACAUCCCCACCAGAAGGUAUUUUCGUAAAUACCCUUGGACUUCUGAUUCUGGUGUUCGGAGCCCUCAUUUUUUGGAUAGUCACCAGACCACAAUGGAAACGUCCUAAAGAACCAAACUCUACCCUUUAUCAGCCGGAUGGAGGCACUCCAGGGGGAGGAGAAGGCUCCAUGGCAAUAAAUUUUGGCAACUACAUGGACAAAUCUGAUUCAGAGUUAAACAGUGAAGUAGCAGCAAGGAAAAGAAACUUCUCCCUUGAUGAGGCUGGGCAGAGAUCUACCCUGUAAAAUGCUAGUGACUUGGCUGUGUAACUUCACUUGUAAAAAUUAGCUCUUCAGUUUAGUGCCUCCUAUUCAGCGAUAAGAUGAUUGAGCUACAUGGUGUCAGUAUUCAUUUUAAUCAUAAAGUAAUAUUUCUUGAAAGAGUCUGUGUUGAUUGAGGCCUAUUAACAUACCUGAAUUGUAAAGGACGUGAUGGAUAUAAAUAAAAGCAGUUACAAAUUGCAGCUAAGGAGGUACUUCUUUACCUUCUGGCUUUCUUUACCGAGGCAGACUCCCCAAAUAACAGAGGAGGGGGGGCACCUGGAAAUAGGUCUUGAGCACCCAGCCACUGCCAGCAAGCCGUGGCUUAACUUGAUGCUCUUUGGUCUUAAAACUGGGUCUUGGUUACAGAGAAAGGUUCGGGCAAGAACAUCUAUAGCUUUCCGGCUGCACCAGAUGCAGUUUUUGUUCUUCAGGACCUUAGCUGUUAAAUAUCUUUCAGUGUGGGGACAGGACAGACCUACCCCACUCUAAGCAAUGACUAAGAUCCUUCCUGAUUUGGGUGGACUUUGAGGGGAUAUUUUGAGCUUCAAGUUCUCAGAGCUUCAAGUUCUCUGUCUAGGCUCUGAGCUGACUUAAAUGAGGGCCUAGAGUUGUGCCGAUGCUGAAAUGGUGCUUUUCAGUUUUUGGUUGAUUUUUGGCUUCCCUGCAAUUCUAGUCUGGGAGCAUUUUAACAUGGAUGAAAACCUAUGGUUCGCACCAAAUAUACUGAACAUUUUUGGUGAUUAGUGGCUAUCCUUUUAGGCAGCUGGUAAUUACUUCCAUAGACUGAGUACGAGCUACACUCUUUCACCUCCCAUCAGCUUCACCAAUAACCAUUCAAGAUCCCCUCACUGCAACACUGUUUUCUUUUUAUUUAAUUAAUUCUAUUCCCAAAAUUGAUAAUAGUGUUGGAAAAAUCCCCAGUGUCCAGCCCAAUGCCUGGAACAUAGUAAAUUCAAUAUGGGUAGAACAUGCUACAAAUUACAUCUUGGUAUUAAGUAGAAGGACAAGUAUAUUUUGAUGUGUCGAUGUUUUAUUACAUGAAUGUGCAUAAAAUUACCGAGUAUUUUACAGGGAGGAACAGUGAUUGAGCUACAAGAAUCCAGGCUCCCAUUCCAUUUUACACAGGCCAAGAAAGAGGUUAUUAGUGAAAAGUUAAUUAUGGAUUUGGCACUAGAAUAGCUCCAUUGCAAAGUAUUAGCACCCCUCACGUCAGCCCUUUAUUUUAUCUCUCAUGUGGGCUAAUAUGAGGGUAAUCUUACAGGUAUUAUAGGACCUCCUUUUCUUUCUUCUCAGCCCCUGUGAAAACAAUGCAUAGUAAAAUAUAUCUAGAAAACUUUUAUAUUUGAAACUCUUCUUUUAACAGGCUUUUUAUUCUAAUGAUAAUUGCACCUUUAUCUUUGAAAAGAUGAUAUUUCCUAUCUAAAUCACCUCCCCCACCCCCACCCCUAAUACCUCAUUAAAAACCCUCA